AUGGAGCUGAUUACUAUCCUCGAGAAGACCGUGUCUCCCGAUCGGCUUGAACUAGAAGCAGCGCAGAAGUUCCUGGAGCGUGCGGCGGUAGAGAACCUGCCCACUUUCCUUGUGGAACUGUCCAGAGUGCUGGCAAAUCCAGGAAACAGUCAGGUUGCCAGAGUUGCAGCUGGUUUACAAAUCAAGAACUCUUUGACAUCUAAGGAUCCAGAUAUCAAGGCACAAUAUCAGCAGAGAUGGCUUGCUAUUGAUGCUAAUGCUCGACGGGAAAUUAAGAACUAUGUUUUGCAGACUCUGGGGACAGAAACCUACCGGCCUAGUUCAGCCUCUCAGUGUGUGGCUGGUAUUGCUUGUGCAGAGAUACCGGUGAACCAAUGGCCAGAACUCAUUCCUCAGCUAGUGGCCAAUGUUACAAAUCCCAACAGCACAGAGCACAUGAAAGAGUCGACGUUGGAAGCUAUUGGCUACAUUUGCCAAGAUAUAGACCCAGAACAGCUACAGGAUAAAUCUAAUGAGAUUCUGACUGCUAUAAUCCAGGGAAUGAGGAAAGAAGAACCUAGUAAUAAUGUGAAGCUAGCAGCUACUAACGCACUCCUGAACUCAUUGGAAUUCACCAAAGCAAACUUUGACAAAGAGUCUGAAAGGCACUUUAUUAUGCAGGUGGUCUGUGAAGCCACACAGUGUCCAGAUACCAGGGUACGAGUGGCUGCAUUACAGAAUUUAGUGAAGAUAAUGUCCUUGUAUAAGAGAACAUGUGUGGGUCCUGCUCUUUUUGCUAUCACAAUUGAAGCCAUGAAAAGUGACAUUGAUGAGGUGGCACUACAAGGAAUAGAAUUCUGGUCCAAUGUCUGUGAUGAGGAAAUGGAUUUGGCCAUUGAGGCUUCAGAGGCGGCAGAACAAGGACGACCCCCUGAGCACACCAGCAAGUUUUAUGCUAAGGGAGCACUGCAGUACCUGGUUCCAAUCCUUACACAGACACUAAACAAACAGGAUGAAAAUGAUGAUGAUGAUGACUGGAACCCGUGCAAAGCAGCAGGAGUUUGUCUUAUGCUUCUGGCCACCUGCUGUGAAGAUGACAUUGUCCCACAUGUCCUGCCCUUUAUUAAAGAACACAUCAAGAACCCAGAUUGGAGAUACCGGGAUGCAGCCGUGAUGGCUUUUGGCUCUAUCUUGGAAGGACCAGAACCCAAUCAGCUAAAACCACUAGUUAUACAGGCCAUGCCCACCUUAAUAGAAUUAAUGAAAGACCCCAGUGUAGUUGUUCGAGAUACAACUGCAUGGACUGUGGGCAGAAUUUGUGAAUUGCUUCCUGAAGCUGCCAUCAAUGAUGUCUACUUGGCUCCACUGAUGCAGUGUCUGAUUGAAGGUCUUAGUGCUGAACCCAGAGUGGCUUCAAAUGUGUGUUGGGCUUUUUCCAGUCUCGCUGAAGCUGCUUAUGAAGCUGCGGAUGUAGCUGAUGAUCAGGAAGAACCAGCUACCUAUUGCUUAUCGUCUUCAUUUGAACUCAUAGUUCAGAAGCUUCUAGAGACCACAGAUAGGCCUGAUGGACACCAGAACAACCUAAGGAGUGCUGCUUAUGAAUCUCUAAUGGAAAUUGUGAAGAAUAGUGCCAAGGAUUGUUACCCUGCAGUUCAGAAAACUACUCUGGUCAUAAUGGAGCGACUACAGCAAGUGCUUCAGAUGGAGUCGCAUAUCCAGAGCACUUCUGAUAGGAUCCAGUUCAAUGACCUUCAGUCUUUACUGUGUGCAACUCUUCAGAAUGUUCUUCGAAAAGUGCAGCAUCAAGAUGCUUUGCAGAUCUCUGAUGUAGUUAUGGCCUCUUUGUUAAGAAUGUUCCAGAGCACAGCUGGUUCUGGCGUAGUACAAGAGGAUGCCCUGAUGGCAGUUGGGACAUUGGUUGAAGUGCUGGGUGGUGAAUUUCUAAAGUACAUGGAGGCCUUCAAACCCUUCCUGGGCAUUGGAUUGAAAAACUAUGCCGAGUAUCAGGUUUGUUUCUCAGCUGUGGGCUUAGUGGGAGAUUUAUGCCGUGCCCUACAGUCCAACAUCUUGCCUUUCUGUGAUGAAGUGAUGCAGUUGCUUCUGGAAAAUUUGGGAAAUGAGAAUGUCCACAGGUCUGUGAAACCACAGAUUCUUUCAGUGUUUGGUGAUAUAGCCCUUGCUAUUGGUGGAGAGUUCAAAAAAUACCUUGAGGUGGUACUGAAUACUCUGCAGCAGGCAUCCCAAGCCCAGGUUGACAAGUCAGACUAUGACAUGGUGGAUUAUCUGAAUGAACUAAGAGAAGGCUGCUUGGAAGCAUAUACUGGAAUCGUCCAGGGAUUGAAGGGAGAUCAGGAGAACGUACACCCGGAUGUUAUGCUCGUCCAACCCAGGGUAGAAUUUAUUCUGUCUUUCAUUGACCACAUUGCUGGAGAUGAGGAUCAUACAGAUGGAGUAGUAGCGUGUGCUGCUGGACUAAUAGGGGAUUUAUGUACAGCAUUUGGAAAGGAUGUACUGAAAUUAGUAGAAGCUAGGCCCAUGAUCCAUGAACUGUUAACUGAAGGACGAAGAUCGAAGACUAACAAAGCAAAAACCCUUGCUACAUGGGCAACAAAAGAACUGAGGAAACUGAAGAACCAAGCUUGGUAA